GUGGAAUAAGUAAAGAGGGCUACAAGCAAAGCUCAGAGAAGGAAGAUGAGGAAAAGAGCGCGUGCACUGAGCGCUCUCCUCGUGCGCAGUCGCUACUGACCUCACUGCCAUAGUCCGCAUUGUUUGCAGUCGCCUUCCUUCACGAGUGGGCGGUUGUUAUCAGGUUCCAGUGAUUUCACGAUGACAGACGCGAUGAUGGGCACGAAAGGUGUCCAUGUGCAUUCUGGACCGUGUCUCGGUGCAGAGCUGACUGAUGAGGAGAAGGAGAUCAUCAACAGCGUCAUCGUCCGGGCCGAAAAAAUGGAGGCAAUGGAGCAAGAGAGGAUUGGACGUCUGGUGAAUCGUCUGGACAACAUGAAAAAAGCCGUUUGUGGGGACGGAGUGUCGCGCUGCUUUUUAUGUGGAGAGCAGCUGGGUGCAGGAGGGGACAGAUCAGUGGUUUGUGAGGACUGUAAAAAAAACAUGUGCACCAAGUGUGGAGUGCAGGCGAACGCUCGGCCGCGGUCUGUGUGGCUCUGCAAGAUCUGCAGUGAGCAGAGAGAGGUAUGGAAGCGAUCUGGAGCCUGGUUCUUCAAAGGUCUCCCUAAGCAGUUCUUGCCCUCACCGAUGCCCAUCUCCAGAGCCAGAGAUCCCAGUCCCCAGAAGAGCCCUGCAGCUGCUCCAGCGGCUGUGCAGACUCAAGCACCGGUCGCAGCUCCAGAGCCGAUAGUAGAUCCACCGAUUGCCCGAAAACCACCUUUGGCUCCGAAACCUGCUCACCUUCACACUCACAGUUACUCAGAGACGGAUGGAGAUGCGGGAAGCUCCCAGAAUUCCCCAGCGCUGAUGAAGAAGACGGUGAACGUCCACGCAGCCAGACCAGUCCCAUCAGGCACAUUCCAGCCGGCAGCUGCUCAGGAGGCAGAGAGAGGAGUGCCUCAUGUGCAGGAGAGAGCUCAUCCCACAGAGAGAGAGGAGAUGAAGCCCGCUCCGCCUGCGGAUGACGACGACGAGGCCAACAGCUAUGACUCCGAUGAAGCUACAACUCUGGGAUCACUGGAGUUCACUUUACUGUAUGACCAAGGGAACAACAGCCUCCACUGCAGCAUUAUUAGAGCGAAGGGUUUGAAACCGAUGGAUUCGAACGGACUGGCAGAUCCUUAUGUCAAGCUUCAUCUGUUACCGGGUGCAAGCAAGUCAAAUAAAUUACGCACCAAGACCCUACGCCACACUCGUAACCCGUCCUGGAACGAGACGCUGGUGUACCACGGGCUGACAGACGAGGACAUGCAGCGCAAGACCCUCAGAAUAUCUGUCUGUGAUGAAGACAAGUUUGGUCACAAUGAGUUCAUCGGAGAAACCAGAGUUGUGCUGAAAAAACUCAAGUUCAAUCAGAAGAAGAACUUUAACGUGUGUCUCGAGAGGGUUGUGCAGACAAAAAAAACAUCGACUGCAGGCGGUGCGCGAGGAAUCACUCUCUACGAGGAUGAGACUGGGAAGGACGGCGCUGAGAUAGAAGAGAGAGGACGAAUCCUGAUAUCCCUCAUGUACAACACUCAGCUGGGUCAUCUCAUUGUAGGCGUUAUACGCUGUGUUCACUUAGCAGCAAUGGACGCCAAUGGGUAUUCUGAUCCUUUUGUCAAAAUAUGCCUGAAACCUGAUAUGGGGAAGAAAGCAAAGAACAAGACGCAGACCAAGAAGAAAACACUCAACCCUGAGUUUAAUGAGGAAUUCAGCUAUGAAAUUAAGCAUGCAGAGCUGGCCAAAAAGACUCUUGACAUCUCAGUAUGGGAUUAUGACAUUGGAAAAUGCAAUGACUAUAUAGGAGGCUGUCAGCUGGGUAUCACUGCCAAAGGUGAGCGUUUGAAGCACUGGUACGAAUGCCUCAAGAACAAAGACAAGAAGAUCGAGCGCUGGCAUACUCUGCUCAACGAGAACCACGUCUCCAGCGAUUAGCCUCUUAAAGCGUUCUGCAUGCCUUUAAGUUCUACUCGGCCCCUUUUGCAACUCCAUUCCCCUCCACUAACUGCAUAUCUUGAGCUAUACCGAUCUUGCUCUUGUCCGGCUGACACAUGAUAUGCUUUCAAGAAACUAAAUGUGACGUCUGGAGCUCUUCUGUUCACUGUGACCCACACAGACGACUAUAGGUUAGCACUGAAGUGUUAAAGAACUGCACAAAUACGUUCACUAAUCUGGCCGCAGUAGCAUUGUGUUUUUAAGUUCUAGUUUAAGAACAAUUGUAGAAACUCCAAAUAAUUAUCUUGUUGUGGGAAUGCAUUACUAUCAAGUCUCUUAGCAAUCUCUCUUAUUAAAAAGCAUUAGGAAAGUCUUUCUCCUUAAAAAAAAAAGAGGCCGAUACAGAAUGUAAAAGCCCUAUUUUCAACCAGUCUAAGAAUGUUUACAGGCCAUAUAGAAUGUCAGGUAAAAUGACUUAAUUCUAUUUAGCGACUUAUUUAAAUAGCUUCAACAUCUAAUUUACACGAGGCAAUGUUAUAUAUGCUAUAGUUUUUUUGUUAGAUUUUAUUUUUAUAUUUUGAAAAACUAUCAUUUUUAGAUAUCACUUUAAUUUUAGUUCACGUUUUAAUAAUUUGGCUUUUAGUUUUUGCCAUUUUUUAAAUGUCUAUAUAUAUUUUUUUAUACAUUUUUGUGUAUAAGUUUAAUUUUUUUAUAAGUGUUUACUACUACAAGUUAAACUAAAACAAAAUACAAAUAACAGAUUUAAUUAUUAUUAUUAUUUUUUAUGGUUUUAAUUUUAGUUAGCUAUAUGAGGUCAAAAGCACUAGCUUGUUGUUUCAGACAAAUAGGAAGCAACAUGUAGGGAUGUUUACACAGCACAGAUAAGACUAAACCUAAAGAAUGUCCAAACUAGAACAUUAUCUGUGCACCAGUGAUACAUUUAGACUUCGCUUAGGUAGUCUUCAAAUCUAAUGAAUGCGAUUUUGUAACACAUUGCUUGGUACGUCUGGUUUACAACUACAUUAUUACUGUACUGUAUGUAAGCACACUCUUCAAACAUGCAUCCUAUUUAUGGUCUUUAAUGUGCUGAAAAUACAAUUGCCUUGACAUUAAUGAUAACAUCCAUGGAUAAAUGAAAUAGGAAAGACUAAAACGAGUCCACUGCAUCGUGUGGCUGUGACGCAAGCCAAGAUUACUGUAACAGAAAAAAGUGCUGCAGUCCAAUCACUUGAACACUGAAAGGAAAGCACAGUUACAAUGGAAUGACCUCAACAUUUCUAUUCUUUGCUGUUAUUAUAACCAGCUCUUAUGCAUGAGAGUGUCUUAGAUCAUAGCGAAUACCAUUCAUUUGCUUUGUAUAAUUUAAUCCCCGCAAAUGAAAUUACUGUUUACGUACCAACAAACACUUGGCGGCGACACUUCCGGGUUUCUCAGGAACCCCAAAACAGAGCUGCUUUACAUUACAUGACAAACAUCUGAGCUGAAAAAGACUGAAAAGUGAUUUGUGCGAGGUCGAAACGCCACAUUUCCAAAAGAUUUUUGGAUCUUUGAAGAAUUUUAGCAAGCCUCAAAUAUGCAAAUUAUGAUAGUUCACCAAUCCUGAGCAAAAUGAUCUGCUACAAUGCAAGGUUUCAAGUCUUGAAAAGGUCUUAAUUUGGUGUUUUUUUUUUUUUUUGCUCAUAGUUCAAGACUUGAAAAGGUCUUAAAAUGGAGCAAAAAGUUAUUCUUGAAAGUGAAUGCAUAAAAUUGUGGCAUUAAAUGCUGCAUAAAAAAAUAAAAUAAAAAAAAUCUUCAGAAUUUUUGCUUGUUUUCCAAUGCAGAUAUAAGUCAGUUUAUGCUUAAAACCAGAACAAAUAUCUGCCCUCUGCCAAGGAGGGAUGAAAAUGUGUGUUUGGCACAUACUUGUUCUCGUUUUAAUCAUAAACUUACUUCAGGUUGAUCAAUUCCUCAUAAACAAGACUUAUGUACUUUUGCUUCUCAAGUAAAUGUCCCUUGAUUUAAGAUUCUUUAGACAUUUUUGCGACAAAAAUAUUGAUUACAAACAUUAUUUUUACAUUUAUGCAUUUACAUUUAGAGACCACAUAGAUGUAUCAUGUUUCAUUCAAUUUAUUCCUUAAAUUUUCUUUUCUUGGUCUUAAAAGUUAUUAAAAAGCCUUAAAUUUACCUUCAUUAAACCUGCAGAAAUCCUGUAAUAUGACCCAGCUGUUGGUAAAUUUGCGUUUUACUAGGCAUCAUGCAAAGAGUUGCGAACAAUUGAUUUAAUCUUUUGAACCAUAAUUGUGGUGUCAAUAUAUUUCAUAUUUUAUAUUAUUGAUGGCAUUUGGUCCUAUAACACCAAAUAACCAUCAAUGAUUGUGAAAAGAUAUUUGAACGAAAACUUUUCAAAGCUGAAAAAAAAAGGAUUUUGAAUGCUGCAAGUAAUUUUACAGUGUUAUCAAGUCUGAUCAAUAUCAAAUAUUAAUAUUUAUGUGGUCAAAUGUGUAUUUAAGCAAAAAAGAUGCAUUGCUUAUCUGAUUUUACCUUCAUUUUUUACAAAGAUAUAUGUCAUAUUUCAGGCUUUAGAAGUUUGUGAGGAUGUGUAUUUAACUUCCUGUUUGCACGUUCGACAAAUAAAUGACCAAAACUAUCUAUAAAUCUGAGAAUAAAGAGCACAGUGAAGGGAGAUUAAACUAGAAGAAACCGGAAGUGUGGUCGCCUGUUGUUUGACAUUACAGAAGAUUUUAAAACGUUCAUGCCACAAGGAAUCACAUUUCUUUGGUAUUUUCACAUAUAAGAGAUCACUGUAUUAAAAAACACUUUGAGAACAUAAAAUAUCUUCUAAAAAGAGCUUUUAUUGUUACUACUGGAAAAAAAAAAACUUGAUAUGAUGUUUUAUUUUGAAUGAUAUGGUGCUUUGCAUUGAAGUCUCAAAGGGUCAAGUAAAUCAAAAAAAGGAAUAUCAGAAUUAAAAAAAAACAACGCAUGACACGACCCCUGGAUUAUUUUGUAGUCCAGAUAAAUCCUUUAGGUUUUCAGAAUAAUGAAUGUGAUCUUGCUGUAUUUUUUCACGAGACCUUAUUCACAUGCAGAGCUGUCUAUGAUAUCUGUCAUUUGCAAAAACGAAAUAUAGCACACUAGUCUGAUACUUCAAGACCAUAUUUGCCAGUUUAGUUUGUGAAUGUUUAUUGGUAUGAAUUUGUUCUUCUUUCAUUAACAAUGCAAUUGUAUAUAUAUAUGCACAGCAGGGAAGUGUUUACUGUGUGUCUGAAGUUUGCAUGUAAAGAUUUUACUUGGAGUUCAAAACACAGAGGCCAAUAAAAGUCAAUAUAAACUGCAGUUAUUUGUUGACUUCAUUUAUGUGCACUGUGAAGUCUUUCAUUACAUGUUUGAAAAUAAUGCUGUGAGGUAUAGAUUUACAGUCUUUACAAUGAUACACACUGUACUGAAUAAGGUCACAAAGUUCAGUUUGCCUACUUCAAGUUUUUUUCUUUUUCUUUGCAUUUUUGUUCAACUGAACAGUAUGUUGUUAAACACUAACGAAUGCUGUACUUCUGUCCCUGUUUUAGUUCCUGACGAUAGUGAAAUAUAGCACAGCUCUAUUUUGGCUCAUGUCACAACAUCUGAACUGGCUUAAGUCCUCACAUAAACAUUGUGGGAGAAAAGCAGAACCUUCUGUCUUGUUUCUUGUGAUUCAUAUAGAAGUUUUCAAAUAUUUGCUAAAGAAAAGGCUUCAUAAAUAUUGACAUACUGACGUCUAAUUGCAUUGGCAAAUAUUUUAGGGCACAUGUCAGACAAUUUAUAGUCAGAUUUAUAAUAUUAGACAAAGUCCACCCAUUCUCUGAAACACGAACAUAGUAAUGGACCUCAAUUUGCAAUUGAAUUUUAAUUUGAAAAUUUAAGGAAUUCAUUUAAAUUCCUAUUAUUAAUAAUUAUUCUGCUACUCUUUGUGUUUAUGUAUUUACAUUGUCAUUAAUUAGUUUUAUUAGACUUCAAUGAAAAGCACCAUAUCAUUCAAAAUACAGGCUAAUAUUACACAGCUAAAAAAAUCCACAACCUUACCAUGGAAAAAUCCAUCUCUUGGAGAUCUGUUUAUAGGCACAAAAUAUUUUUUCUUUAUGGUGAACUUAAGAUUUUAAGAGCGAGUAAAGAAAAUUUAAGGAUCAAAUUGAAAGGAAUACAAUAUGUCAAUGUUUUCUAAAUGUAAAUGUCUACAGAGCACAAAAUGAGUUGUAGCAAGACUUAAAAUACUUCUAACAGAUCUACAUUACUUUUAAUUGUUUUGCAGAAAAGAAAGAAAGGAAGUUAAUCAAAUUGCAAAAAGUGCUGUUCUUCCUGUGUUUUUUGUCUUGUUUUCAAGCGCAAAUAUCCAAAGAUUCUUAAAUUAAGAUGCAUUGAGAAGCAAAAUGACUUGAUAAAAAAAAGAGCAAAUAUCUGCCAAAUGGGCUCAGAAACCCCCUGACAGAUAUUUGCUCUUGUUUUAAGAGCAAUUUUGAUCUAUAUUUUAGAAACCAAGACUUCAACUAUCUUCAUUUUGCAUCUCAAGUAAACACUUUUUAAGGAAAUGUAGAUAUAUUGGAAAACAUGACAAAAACACGGAGGCAGCUUUUUUUCUCCCAGGGCAUGCAACAUUAAAUGACAUGACUAUGAAUUUAAGACUUUCUGCUCCGGUUUAACAAGUUUGUAUAAUCUUAAUUUAUGGAAGGGCAAAUUAAUAUAUAAUAUGCAUGUUUGAUUACAGUUCCAAGUCUACCAAAUUCUGGCAGGCAACUUUUAUUGGAUGAACCAGUGGCAUCCUUCAUCUUAUGAGUUUCAAUUUGAAUGUUUUUAUUACAACGUGAUUUUGUUGCUUCAAAAGACUUAAAUAAAUCAGUAAAGGUAACAUGGAUUAAAUUCUCACUAACCUUGUGUUCUUCGGUGUUUGGCGGAAGAAAGAAAGCCACGCAGCUUUGGAACAACAUGAGUGUAAAUUACAGAGUUUUCAUUUUUGGUCAAACUAUUUAUGCAUCCUUAUGUUACUGCAGAUUUUUGAGUUAAAUGUGAGUGAGGCAUUUUGAUUUUUAUUGAACUCCUAAUGCUAUGUUUAUUGAUGUAAACGGGUGGCUUUUGAUAAGGAAGAGAAUAGACAAUAUGAGCAAAAGUGUAAAGUCAAGGACCAUUAUUGGCAAUCAGUCUUUUUGAGCGGUAAACACAUGCAGAGAUUUGCAGGAAUGUCCUGCGAGUUAAAAUGAGAGAAACAUGUCAAGUUAACAAACAUUUUAAAAGAGCCUAAUUAUCAAGAAUAAUGUGUGUGCUUUCUUUCAAUUUGGAUCUUCUAUUUUUAACUUUCAUAAACCACACACACACACACACACACACACACACACACACACACAAAAACAAUCA